AACUUCGGCGCUGUAUAAGUAUUUCUCACACAUCGUGUCAACACGUGUCCCGAAAUGUCAUCGAUUCCCACAUUCAUCGACAUCUCCGAAACGGAACAGUGCGAAGAACUGCGCGAAUACCUGUCGUCUUUGGGCGCCGCGAUCGCCGACAGCGAGGGUUUUGUUCCCGAUUUGCGGGAAAUAAUCUCCGUUUGCGAUGUCGUCCUUCGCGACGACGUGAAGGACGCCGACGUGGAGGCGGUGCUCAACUCCAUCGUCUCGCUCCUGAUUGGUUCUGUGCCGCCGCCGGAGUCGCUCUCAUUGGUCGUCGCGUUUUGCGACCAAAUGCUGAAAGCGAAGCAAAAGCAGGCGUUGGUUUGCGUCCGCGUCCUCAAGAACCUGUUCGGCGGCCUCCAGGACGUGACCGAACCGCGAUUCCGUGUCUACGUGACGCUCGUGCGCUUGGCCUCCAUCUCUGGCCAAAUAGCGCUCGUCUUCUCGGACCUCGCGCUCAUCAAGCAGUGGUUCCCGCCGGCGGUGGUCGGCGUGGAGCGCGUGCAGGCGCUGCUCCGACUCCUGCACGAGGCGCUCGUCGCGCAGAAGCAGUCGGAGUCGGCGUCACGUGUGCUCAUCGAACUGCUGUCCACCUAUACGGAGGAGAAUGCGAGUCAAGCGCGCGACGACGCGCACCGCUGCAUCGUGUGGCAUUUGGGCGACAAGAACACGUUCCUGUUGGACCACUUGCUCGCGCUCAAACCCGUCAAGUUCUUGGAGGGCGAGCCCAUCCACGACCUGCUCACCAUCUUCGUGGCCGAGAAGCUCGCGGCGUACGUCAAGUUCUACAACAAUGGCCGCGAUUUCGUCGAGUCGCUGGGAUUGUCUCACGAGCAGAAUCUGCAGAAGAUGCGAUUGUUGACCUUCAUGCAGAUCGCCGAGCAGAAGAAGGAGAUCCCGUUCGACGCCAUCCAACAGGAGCUCCAACUCAACGUCGAUCAGGUCGAGGCCUUCGUCAUCGACGGCAAGUUUCUGCGCACGCGUCUCGUGAAGGCCAAAGUGGAUCAGCUGACCAAACGCGUGCUCGUGUCCUCAACAAUGCACCGCACGUUCGGUCGCCAACAAUGGCAACAACUGCGCGACACUCUCCACAAGUGGUCGACGAACUUAGCGCACGUGCAAAACACGGUUCAAACCGUCGCGUGA